AUCAAUUCCGAUGUCAGUCUAGAUGAGUAACUCAAAAAUAUUAAUGCUGUCUUCCAUUUGCUUCCAUAGCUCACUGACCUCUCUACCUAAUUUUUAUCAUCACAUUAUUUCCAUUAGAAGAAGGUAGGUCGAAGAGCAUCAUUUCAUCCUACAGAUGGUUUCACUAAGAUCCCAAGGUUAAUUGGCAGAAGCAUCGAGAACAGAGCCCGCACACUGCUUACUAUCAAUAUCAGGGAGCUGUAGACCAACCCAUUACAGUAAUGUCUGAUUUCCAGUACAUAUUCUUAAACCUAAGGGCGCAUAACAAUCACCUAAGGCUUUCCACUGGAUUUCCGAUUCGGUGGGUCCAGGGUGGGCUGCGAAGUUCAUAUCUGAAAUGAGCUCCCCCCCGCCCCAUGGUGAUGCAGGCGAUCGGGGGACCCCACCCUGAGAGGCAAUGAGAACCAGUUGACUUCACAAAAGGCCUCGGCCGCAAACCGUCAGCCUCCACCAACGCCCAAGCUCCGGGUGAACUCUUCUUUGUCGCCGUCUGUCUGCCACACCCUCCAGGCCCCGGUUGGCUGCGGGCGGACUUUAGUCGGAUAUAGACCCGGACGCUGAGCUGCCACUGCCAACCACUACCCGACUUCUACUUUUGCCAGCUACAGACACUACGAGUGCUCAGGCCUUCCAUAUCCAGGAGCUUGUAAGGCGACCGUCCAUUGGCUCAGCUCCGCACUGUUUGGCUGCGGGGCUUUCAAAGGCUUUAGAUAUUGGUUGGAAUUCCUGGCGCCGCGGCCAGUUGGCGGGAGGAGUUCACUGGAGCGCAGCUGUCCCUAGAGCCUGCGGCCGCGACGAGUUCGAGACGUCGCGCAGACGCCAGGAAACCAUGGACGAUGCGACCAGGACCUUUGGGAAAGGAAGCUGCCCCCCGGGGCCGGUCCCAGAGGGCCUGAUCCGCAUCUACAGCAUGAGGUUCUGCCCCUAUGCGCACAGGACUCGGCUUGUCCUCCGGGCCAAAGGCAUCAGACAUGAAGUAAUCAACAUUAACCUGAGAAAUAAGCCUGAAUGGUACUAUACAAAGCACCCUUUUGGCCAAAUUCCUGUCCUGGAGAACAGCAAAUGUCAGUUGAUCUAUGAAUCAGUCAUCGCUUGUGAGUACCUGGAUGAUGCUUAUCCUGGAAGGAAGCUGUUUCCAUAUGACCCUUAUGAGCGGGCUCGCCAAAAGAUGUUAUUGGAGCUCUUCUGUAAGGUACCACAUUUGACCAAGGAGUGUCUGGUGGCCAUAAGAUGUGGGAGAGCAUGUGCUGAUCUGAAGCUAGCCCUGCGUCAGGAAUUCUGCAACCUUGAAGAGAUUCUUGGCUAUCAGAACACCGUCUUCUUUGGUGGAGACUGUAUAUCCAUGAUUGACUACCUCUUUUGGCCCUGGUUUGAGCGGCUGGACGUGUACGGAAUAGCCAACUGUUUGAACCACAUGCCAGCUCUCCAGCUCUGGACGGCAGCCAUGAAGCAGGACCCCACUGUGUGCGCUCUUCUCAUAGAUAGGAACAUUUUCCUGGGCUUCUUGAAUCUUUAUUUUCAGAACAACCCUGAUGCUUUUGACUUUGGGCUAACUUGCUGAGUCUCAGUCUCCCCCUUCACCAUCCUGAAUUCUCAAGCAUAUCGUGACUCCACAUCAGGGACUGUUUUUGUGGGUCAAUCUCUGUUUUCUUUGGAGUUCUCAAUAAACGUGGAGACAGAAAAUGUA